AUGCUUCACCUAGAUCCUCUGUCAGCUGCUGAAAUCUCGCAAACAAGCACAGUCAUUCGAGCGUCCAGCAAGUCGGAGGUCAAAUUUAACAGCAUCACGCUGUUAGAGCCCCCCAAAGCUGAAUAUGCUGCUUUCCGUGAUUCUGGUGGACCGCGCCCAGCUAGACGGUCUCUUUCAAUUGUCAUUCCUCGCGGUACACAGCAAGUAGUCGAGGUCACUGUGAAUUUGGUCUCACAAAAAGUCGAGUUUUGGCGGGAAAUCAAGGAUGUUAUGCCUAUCUUGACACUGGAAGAUUUGGAUGUUGUGGAAAGAAUCUCCAGAGUUCACCCACAAGUCAUUAAGGCUUGCAAUGAACUGGGGAUCACUGACAUGUCGAAAGUCUUCUUCGAUGGUUGGGCAAUUGGAGUGGAUGAGCGCUGGGGGUUUGAAAGACGACUACAACAAGCACUUGCUUAUUAUCGCACAUCACCAUCGGACAACCAAUACGCCCAUCCCCUCGAUUUUACAGUCAUUGCAGACACAGAGCGAGAGGAGGUCCUUUCCGUUGACAUUCGAACUGUCAACGGAGAGCGAACCCCCAUUCCGAUGAAAGAGCACAAUUAUCUCCCUGAGUUUGCGGAAACAAGCCAGUACAAGUUCGACGUUCUCAAACCGAUCAACAUCACACAGCCUCAAGGAGUCUCGUUCAAGAUGAGUGGAAGAGAAAUCCACUGGGCCAAUAUGAAAAUGCACAUUGGUUUCAACUAUCGAGAAGGACUUGUUUUAUCCGACAUCCGCAUCCGAGAUCCAUACGAUAAUAGCAACAAGGACCGCAAAAUCUUCAAUAGAUUAAGUGUGGUCGAAAUGUUUGUUCCAUACGGAUCCCCUAAGAGCCCGCAUCAUAGAAAACACGCAUUUGAUAUUGGCGAAUAUGGUUCUGGAUUCAUGGCCAAUUCCCUGAAGCUCGGAUGCGAUUGCAAAGGUGUCAUUCAAUACUUAGAUGCCGUCCUCAACACGUCAAGUGGUGCUCCGCUACUCAUUGAGAAUGCGAUCUGCAUACAUGAAGAGGACAACGGUCUGCUCUACAAGCAUACAGAUUUCCGUGAUGGACGUGUGAUUUCAGCCCGAGACCGAAAGUUGGUGAUCUCCCAGAUUCUGACUGCCGCAAACUAUGAAUAUGCUUUCUAUCACACAUUCACGCUGGACGGAACGUAUAAGCUGGAAGUCAAAUUGACUGGCAUGUUGAACACCUAUUGUCUUCAUGAAAGUGAAGAAUCAGCGCCAUUCGGCACAGAGGUUGCUGAGCGUCUUGAUGCACAAAACCACCAGCACAUUUUCUCACUCCGCAUUGAUUCAGAGAUUGAUGGUUCCAACAAUACUGUCAUCCAAAACGAUGCAGUCCCGAUCGAUGUUCCGACCGAGCAGAAUCCAUAUGGCAACGGAUUCAUGGCAAAGAAAACGAUUUUCAAAACCGCUAAAGAUGGCUCUGCCAGCUAUUGCCAUGAAACCUCUCGAACGUGGGACAUUGUGAAUCCGAACAUCGUCAGUAAAGUCUCUAAGAAGCCUGUCGGGUACAAGAUUGUGAAUAGUCAAUGCCCCGCGCUUCUAGCUAAACCAGACAGCGUCAUUGCAAAGAGAGGAUCGUUUGCGCAGAAAGCUCUUUGGGUACUUCCAUACCGAGACUAUGAGCUAUUCCCAGCAGGGUCUUAUGUGUGCCAGUCCACUGGUGACUACCAUCCAGAAAAUAUGACCAUCAGCGAUUGGGUUGCUCGCGAUGAGCCAAUCGAGAAUACGGACAUCGUCUGUUAUGUUCAAUUUGGGCUUACACACUUCCCGCGUACUGAGGACUUUCCCAUUAUGCCAGCGGAGCCUGUCAGUGUGAUGUUACGUGCAUCCAACUUCUUCGAAAAGAACCCUGCGCUUUGGGUGCCGCCAUCAGAGUUGGAUGUAGAUUCAUCAUCUACGAAUGCUAACUCGGAUACUGGAAGGGACUGUGUUGGACAGGGCAAGAGUACGCUGAUACCCAAGCUUUGA